GUCACAUGACCAAAGAUCAGUGAAUUUAAAAGCGCGGAGAUAUGCGCGGCGAUCAUUGAUAGACAUAUUUGGACAUUUUACCUAAUAUGGCAGGGAAACAGGAGGACCCCGGGAUGGCUACGGAAUUGGAGCGCCAUGUGGGACUACUGUCAGGGAUAUUCCUUAUCAUGGGCACCAUGAUCGGGUCCGGAAUCUUCAUCUCCCCCAAGGGCGUGCUGGAGGGGGCUGGGUCGGUGGGGAUGGCCCUUAUAGUGUGGAUGGCCUGUGGGGUGGUGGUCACACUAGCGGCGUUGUGCUACGCUGAAUUAGGGACCAUGAUUCCAAAAUCAGGCGGUGAACAUUCCUAUCUGAUGCACGCUUUUGGCAAAAUGGAUAAAUGUUUUGGACCCAUUCCGGCUUUUCUGUUUGACUGGGUCGGCCUGUUUAUCAUUAGACCGACCAUGUUCGCUAUUAUGACGUUAUCUCUGGGAACUUACGCCAUCAAGCCGUUUUACCUCAACUGUACACCUCCAGAGACCGCCAUCAAAGCCGUCUCAUUGUCUGCUAUAUUGGUGAUUGCAUUCAUUAACGGUUACUGCGUAAAGUUGGCAACCUAUAUACAGAAUAUAUGCACUGUGGUCAAACUGAUCGCCAUAGCAAUCCUUACUGUCGGAGGAAUCGUCAAAAUCAUACAAGGUAACAAUGAGUACAUAGAGGACGGGUUUGAGGACACGGAGAGCGACGUGUCCCUGAUCGCCAUAGCCUUCUACAAUGGACUAUGGGCCUUCGACGGCUGGAACAAUCUGAACUUUGUCACUGAAGAGUUGCAAAACCCUGGAAGAAACUUGCCGAUCUCCAUCAUGGUCGGGAUCCCAGUGACCACCGUAUGUUAUGUCCUGGCCAAUAUAGGAUACCUGGGGGUCAUGUCCAAAACCGAAAUCAUCAUGUCACACGCAGUAGCAGUGACCUGGGGUCAGCGUAUGCUUGGAAUGGCUGCCUUCAGCAUGCCGAUAUUCGUGGCUAUUUCUUGUUUUGGAGCAGCUAACGGUUGUUUGUUCGCCUCUGGGAGGCUGUGUUUUGCCGCUGCUCGUGAGGGACACCUCCCCCAAGUCUUCUCUUACAUCAGUCUGAACAGAAAGACCCCUCUACCGUCCAUUAUACUCACAGCGUUAAUAGGCGCGUGUCUGAUCAUCCCCGGGGACCUGAGCACGCUGAUCGACUUCUUCAGUUUUUCCGCCUGGAUCGCCUACGGCUUCACCGUGCUUUCUUUGCUUGUGUUAAGGAGGACCGAGCCUAAAACCGAGAGGCCAUAUCGGGUACCGACGGUAGUCGCCAUCUUUGUUGUUAUUACGUCAGUUUACCUGGUCCUUGCCCCCAUAAUUCACUAUCCACGUGUCGAGUUCCUGUACGCAGCUCUCUUUAUUGCCGGUGGACUCUUCGUGUAUUUCCCGUUCGUGUAUUACAAGCAAUGCCGCCUACCUCUUGAUCCAUAUAUAGAUUGGGUUACUAUAAAAAUUCAAAAAGCGCUUCUAGUCAUACCGUGAAGAUUUUGUAUCCAUGAAAUCACACAAAAGAACUCAGUAUAAACGACGGUGCUAGUUUGGACCACACGUUGAACAAUUUGUAUGAAUUUACUCCAUGCAAUGCCUCUACUUGCAAUUUGCUUUGGUCAUUAAUGAUUCUAAAAAAAAACAAUAUUUAUUGCAUUUUUACACACAAAGCUUAAAAAAGAGACAAUGCUUCAUUGUACAUGCACAUGUAUAUCUACAAAUUCUAUUGUUUGUGUGUGUGUGUGUGUGUGUAUGUGUUUGUGUGCCCGAAUAUUGAUAUUGAGCUCUGGUUUCUGUGUCCUACAGAGUAAAUGACAACUGUUUUAAGAGUGGACACCAAAUUGUUAACAGUCUUUAUUUACGUUCAUGAUGGUUGUUAUUUUCGCGCAUCUUCUAUACCGUCCAAACUUAAAUGUAAAUGCAUUUAUAUAGCUAUAAUAUCAUGCUUAAAUUAUGUAUUUCUAUUUGCAUGAUAACGUGCUUUUACUAUUGAAACAGAAACAAAAUUAAUAUCGCAUACAGUGUAUAUAUACAGUAUUAAAAGAUCUUUUAAUACC